AGACGUGUGAAGUUGCUCUGGAUGGAUUGAUAUAAUUUACAGCCUUACCAUGGACGCCUACAGGAGGAUGGGUAAUAUUCCAAAACCCUUCAGAGCCUUUUUGUUGGAGUUAUCUAACCAUCCACGGUGGCGCCACCUACAGUUAAAAGGCUCACAUCGGAAGCUGCCCUUGUAUUUGUCAAUACUGUGGUUUCUGUUGGGGUUAUUGACCUUCCCCUGCAAUGUCCAGUGUUUAAUCUUUAAAGUAGGGGUUCUGGGACCCUGGGACUGUGACCCAUUAUUUUCAAAAGCCCUUCCCAACAUUGCAGCUCAGCUAGCAGUGGACCGGGCCAACAACGACGUGUCACUGGAUUUAGGCUACAAGUUAGACUUCGUGGUGCUGCGAGAAGAUUGCGAAACAUCCACCGCACUGUCUGGAUUCGUGGGCUAUGAAAACUCCGCCUCUGCUAUCCUCGGCCCUCUGAACCCAGGCUACUGUGAUGCUGCUACGCUUCUGAGCAAGAACUGGGACAAGGCCAUUUUCUCUUGGGCUUGUAUCAACUACGAACUGGAUACAGUGAAGAGCUUCCCUACCUUCUCUAGGACUCUGCCCUCACCUACACGCGUGCUGUUCAGCCUCAUGAAACACUUCAGCUUGGCGAACGUGGGCAUCGUCUCUUCCAAUGAGGAUGUGUGGGUGGACACCGCUAACAGGGUGGCCGAUUCUCUCAGGAACAUGAGGCUGCCUGUUGGCAUCGUCAUUCCUUUGGGUUAUGGACCCGCCGGGAUAGAGCAGACUCUUCAACAAAUUAAAAGCACGGGUCAACUGAAGAUCAUUAUCAUGUGCAUGCACUCUGUACUGAUUGGAGGUGAGGAGCAGGCUGCCUUCCUGAUGAAAGCCAAUGAAAUGGGGUUGACAGACGGGAGAUACAUCUUUUUACCAUAUGACACUUUGCUCUACAGUCUCCCAUACAAAAGCAACUCCUUCUUCAUGUUGGGCAACAACAGCCAGCUCCGAGAAGCAUACGAUUCGGUAUUGACAGUCACAGUGGAGUCCGGGGAGAGCUCAUUUUACGAAGCCUUCGACAAGGCGAAACAGCAGGGGGAGAUAAAGACACUGCUGCAACCGGAACAGGUCUCUCCCCUGUUUGGCACAAUCUACAAUGGCAUUUAUCUCAUGGCCAAAGCCAUGGACAAUGCCAGGAAGUUCGGCGUCUGGGUCACUGGAACGACCUUGCCCAAAUACGUCAGGAAUGUGACAUUUAAAGGGUUCAACCAGAGGAUUGGGACUGAUGGCAAAGGGGAUGGUGUGACCAACUACGUCAUCCUGGACUCAGACGGGCAAAGCAGCCAACUAUACAGCACCUACAUGAUAGACAUGUCAAAAGAACUGCUGGGAUUCAUGGGCCGAUCCAUUCACUUCCCUGGGGGGGCCCAGCCCCCCGCUGAUUCCUCUUGCUGGUUUGAUCCAUAUUCCAUCUGCACAGGAGGUGUGGAGCUGACCUUUGUGAUUCUGGGGUUUGCCCUCGUCUUCACUUUGUGUCUGGGCGGUGUGGGGUUACAUCUUCUCAUAAGGCGACACCUCCAGCAGACCCAGCUUGUGAAAGGACCCAAUAAAAUGGUGCUGUGCCUGGAGGAUCUCACCUUCAUCAGCCCUCAAAUGAGCAAAACAAGGCUGACGCUCAAUGGAACGAGUGAAUCAAAAAGCACCAAUGAAGGGAGGAGUGUGAAAUCCACGCCGCAAUCUCAAUCGAUAAAGAGCCUCACCGACGCAACACAAGACACGUCCAAUAUAGCGGUUUAUGAGGGGGACUGGGUUUGGCUCAAGAAGUUUGAAGACGGAGCUUUCAGAGAAAUAAGAGCAAGCACGACCAGCAUUCUGAGAAAAAUGAAGGAUUUGCGCAAUGAGAAUGUGAACCCGUUCCUGGGGUUCUUCUCAGACUGCGGUGUGAAUGCUAUUGUGACAGAGCAUUGCUCUCGGGGAAGCCUGCAGGAUCUGCUCAGAAACGACGACGUGAAACUCGACUGGAUGUUCAAGUCCUCUCUGCUGCUGGAUCUGAUCAAGGGCAUGAAGUAUCUGCACCACAGAGACUUCCCUCAUGGGCGCCUCAAGUCUGGGAACUGUGUGGUGGACGGGCGCUUCGUGCUGAAAAUCACUGACUACGGGUUCAGUGAGCUGCUUGAGGCUCAGAAAGCUCCGUGUGAACCAGGCCCACCGGAAGAGCUCUUUUGGACAGCUCCAGAGUUCCUCAGAGACAUGGAGAACUCCAGGAAGGGGACGUACAAGGGAGAUGUUUACAGUUUUGCUAUUAUACUACAGGAAGUUGUCGUCCGCGGGUCACCCUACUGCAUGCUGGGACUCAGCCCUGAAGAGAUCAUAAGAAAGGUGAAGAAGCCUCCCCCAAUGUGUAGGCCAACUGUGGCCCCGGACCAGGCCCCUCUGGAGUGCAUUCAGAUGAUGAAACAGUGCUGGAGUGAGCAGCCAGACAGGAGGCCUGCUUUCGAUGAAAUAUUUGACCAAUUUAAAACCAUUAACAAAGGCAAAAAGACCAAUAUCAUCGACUCAAUGCUCAGGAUGCUUGAGCAGUACUCCAGUAAUCUGGAGGAUUUAAUCAGAGAGAGGACAGAGGAACUGGAGGUGGAGAAACAGAGGACAGAGAAGCUGCUGGCAGAGAUGCUGCCUCCCUCUGUGGCGGAGGCUCUUAAAACUGGCGGGACGGUGGAGCCCGAGUACUUUGACGAGGUCACCAUCUAUUUCAGUGACAUCGUCGGAUUCACCACCAUCUCAGCCCUAAGCGAGCCAAUCGAGGUGGUGAACCUCUUGAACGACCUUUACACCCUGUUUGAUGCUGUCUUAGCCAACCAUGAUGUUUACAAGGUAGAAACGAUUGGUGAUGCCUACAUGGUGGCUUCGGGGCUCCCGAAGAGGAACGGGAACAAGCAUGCUGCAGAGGUGGCCAACAUGUCUCUGGAUAUCCUGAGCUCUGCAGGAACCUUUAAAAUAAGACACAUGCCUGACGUCCCCAUGAGGAUACGAAUAGGAGUACAUUCAGGCUCCUGUGUAGCGGGAGUGGUUGGCCUCACAAUGCCUCGGUACUGUCUGUUUGGAGACACGAUCAACACAGCAUCCCGCAUGGAAUCCACCAGCUUGCCUUAUAGAAUCCAUGUCAAUCUAAGCACUGUGAAAAUCCUCCAUUCACUAAAUGAAGGCUACCUGAUAGACGUCAGGGGGAAAACAGAAUUAAAGGGAAAGGGCAUUGAAGAAACAUACUGGCUUGUGGGUAAAAAAGGCUUUCAGAAACCUUUACCGAACCCCCCAGAUAUCAAGCCAGGGGAUAACUGGCAGGAAAUGAUAACUGAAGAAAUCAAAUCCCUGUUCAGAAAGGCCAAUAGGAAAGUGGAUAAAGCUAAAAUCUGAGGGGAGGAUCCAUGGUGUAGCAAAGUGUGAGCGGAGGGCAAGCGUGUGCGGACCAGCUGCCCUCACAGACAGCAUUCUUACAGAGAGCCCUCUUUAUUCUUUAAUAGGAUUGCCCAGAUCCCCAUUUAAUCCAGUCCUUCCCAGCACAGCAAAACAGAGGCUGUGCUAAUGAAAGAGAAGAGCGUUUAUAGGGAAGGGAAAUCUGGACGCUCUUUUGAUUUCAAAAGAAACUGAAAUUCUCCACCACAAUGACGCGAUAAUGCAACUUCAUUAUCUGGCCACCAAGUGGCGCUAAGUGAAAAUGCUUUCUACAGUCAAAUGCAGUUUACGUUAUUGUGUGUUUGAGUU